AUGCAGGGCCUACAGAGCAUCGGCUCCCCGAAUGACCACACGCUUCCCCCGGGUCAGGAGGCGGUAAAGAUGGCUCCACACGCCCUCUCGUCCACCCGUGAAGCCCCUGCCGCUGGCCCCGCGAAUGUUGCUUCUCGACCUGUUAGGGUGGCAAGCAUGCUGCUCGACCGAGUCAACGAUGGCGACCCCGAGGUCGACAGCAGCAGCGACAAGGACGACCAAGACACCUCCUCGAUGGACCACGACGCAGCCACAGCCCGCUCAAGUGAUGACGACCGACUCAGCCAGGUAGCUACGGAGCUGCCCGCCCGAGCUGUAUACAUAGCAGUGGCCACGGCCUACACCAUGGACACGACCACCACCUCUCACGAGGUCGUGUCCUCUGCAGCAACUGCUUAUGAUGUUGUUGAUGUCUCACGUACCUGUGACGACCGGCUCGGCUGGCAGACAUCCGUAAUGCCUGACCGAGCCGUGUAUGACGCCUCGAUACCUUGCGACGACAAGUUGUCUGCUGGCCCCUGCCCCCAAGUUGAUGAUUGCACACCCUGCAGGGCGGGUAGCAUGCUACCCGCGGGUGAUGCACAGGCUCCUGCCACGACCGCUACCGUCCCCAUAGACGUGGACUAG